GGUAACACCUUUUUUGGCAGUCCUGCUUCUUCUUCUAUUUGGCGUAACGUCCUACGCGGACAUGCCCGCCGGCCUAUUCAGGCUUUCGAGACUUAAUUCAUUACCACGUAGCCGGAUAAGUCCAAUCCUUGCACAACGGGGGAACGGGUCCAUUUCAGGCUUGGGCCCAAUGACGGGCAUGUUAUUGAGUCGUUCGAGUUGACGACUGUACCACGGGACCGCCCCAUUUUUGGCAGUCCAUUGAUCGUUACGUCGUUUUACGUCUACUGAAGGAUGUCCGUUAUCGGGUCAAGUCCAGCAUAGAUUAAGUCUCCCAUACGAUAGACUGAUUAGCUCGAGACUUAAUGUUAUAUACAAAAUUCUUAUACAUGCUCUAGAUCAGGAUUGUUGCGCGUGUAGCUUCCAUGUCGAUCUUCUAUAUUCAGUUUUUGGCACAGUGAUCGUCACUGUAAUCUCAAUGGAUUUGAAUUUCAAUACUACUAUGGGAGGAGGAUGAGUAGAAAGGUCUCCAAAGCGCUGGAUCUAUGGCUGCAACUCCUCAUCCUUGUAAGCACCCGAUAGCCAAUUCGAUCUACUUGACCUGAUGCGGUAUUCGAACUAAAAGCGCAGAUUAAGCACUGUUUCACCCGAUCAGAAGCACUGUUCUACUGCAAAGAUAAGUGCAUAUUAGUUAUUUUUCAUACCGAUCUUCACUGCGACGGUUUGGCGAUCUUCAUUAUUUUCCACCUUCACCCCUCAACCCCGGGCGUGCGCUUUUCCCCGUCGAGAUAAAAUUACUAAAUGUAAACUUUGCAUGCAAUUAUGUCGCUGUAUGGUAAGCAAAUAAAAAUCUUUCCUCCUAUUGCAACACGUCGCUUGUUUGCAGCGGAUAUUUGCCCACAGUAAAGCCCGAUCGCCUGUGCAUUGUGUUUAACACGUGCUGCAAGCUGUAUCAAUACCGAUCGACUGUAUGAUUCCACGAUCUUCGUGUGGUAUAAAAACGGCGCUGAACAGCAGUAAAGAUCAUCACUUACAUUUGUUUUAUUCUCCACGGAGUCAGUGAAAUAAUACCACAACAACAAAAAAACGAUGAAGUUUCUACUGCUUGUGGCUAGUGUAUUAUGCCUUGUGCUAAUCGUAUCCGCCCGUCCGACUGACGACACGUCUGAUCAAGAAUCAUCUACUGAGCUAAGCGAAGACGCUGGGGCAGAGGAGGGUGCAGAGGAUGCUGGUUCAGAUGCGGAAGCCGAUGCCGGUGCAGCUGACGGUGAAGAAGGAGCAACGGACACAGAGUCAGGGGCUGAGGGUGAUGAUAGUGAAAUGGACUCCGCUAUGAAAGAAGGCGAAGAAGGUGCAGGUAGCGAUGAUGCAGUGAGUGGAGCCGACGAUGAAACCGAAGAGUCAAAGGAUGACGCAGAAGAGGGCAGCGAAGAGGGUGGUGAAGAGGGUGGCGAAGAGGGUGGCGAUGGCGCGAGUGGCGGUGAAGGAGGUGAAAAAGAGUCCCCCCGUAACACGUACCGUCAGGUGCACAAGCUGCUGAAGAAGAUCAUGAAGGUUGACACCAAGGACAAGUACCUGAAGUCGUUCGUUGUGGGCCGUCUGCAGGAACGUUUGAUGAACCCUACCAUCGAUCUGGUCAGCACUAUCGAAAAGUAUUCCAAGAUUAAGGAGUGCUUCAGCUCACUGGACAAGGACGUAUCAGCCAUGGUAAAGGAGUCCGAAAAGUCGUACGAAGAGUGUAGCAAGGAUAAGACCAACACUAGCUGCGGUACGGAAGGCACCCGGGAGCUGGACGAUGGACUCAUCGAAAGGGAGCAGGAACUGUCCGACUGUAUCGUUGACAAGCGCGAUGCAGAGUAGGAAACACACCGUUAACGACACACACACGCGCGGCGUUGCCCUUGGAAUCUUGCCAUAAAUAAAUGCAUCAUAUAAAAUGAAA